AUGGCCGAGAACGGGACCGAAGGGACUGAGUUUCUCCUAACGGGUUUACCUGGGCAGCCGGAACUGCAGAGGGUCCUCUUCUGGGUAUUCCUGGUCUUUUACCUCCUCACCCUGGGGGGAAACCUGGGCAUAGUCGGGCUCAUCCUGGCGGACACCCAACUCCAAUCACCCAUGUACUUCCUCCUCGGCCACCUCUCCCUCGUGGACGCCUGCUACUCUUCAGUCGUUGUCCCUCAGAUGCUGGUGGCCCUGAGGUCGGGGGGAGUGUUUGUCACAUCUGAGCAAUGUGCGGCCCAGUUCUUCUUCUUCACACUGUGCAUCAGCGCCGAGUGCUUCCUCCUCGUGAUCAUGGCCUAUGACCGCUAUGUGGCCGUGUGCCACCCUCUACACUACGUCACCAUUGUGACCCCCCGGGCCCGCUGGGGACUGGUGUCCGGGGCUUACAUGGGGGCACUGGUCAAGGCCGCAAUCCGCACGGGCUACACCUUCUCUCUCUCCUUCUGUAAGUCUCACCGUGUGGACUUCUUCUUCUGUGACCUCCCGCCCUUGCUGAAGCUGUCAUGCACUGAGACCAAAGCCCUGGAAAUGGUCAUGUACGUCAUAUGUCUCUCUAUCAUCACGAUCAGUGUGACAGUGAUCCUGGUCUCCUAUCUGUUCAUCAUCAAGGCCAUCCUGUGCAUCCGUUCAGCCGACGGGAGGGCCAAGACCUUCUCUACCUGUGGCUCUCAUGUGACCGUGGUGGCUCUGUUCUUUGGGACCCUCGCCUCCAUGUACGUGAAAGGUGAUAUGGGCCAGACCCCGGAGAUGGGCAAGGUGGUAUCUGUGUUCUAUACCGUGGUCAUCCCCAUGCUCAACCCCAUGAUCUACAGCUUGAGGAACAAAGACGUCAAGGAGGCCCUGAGGAGAGUUCUCCAGAGGACCAAGAUCGUGCAAGGGCCAUUAAAAGUCAAGUCCAUCGAUUGA